UUUGGAGGGAGGGGGGGCCCAUCAGGCUGCACAGCUGCAGAGCUAAGCAGAGACAAAUCCAGAGGUGCACAAGAUGUUCACAAGGGCAGUCACCCGGCUGAGCAGAAAGAGACCACCAUCAGAAAUUCACAGCAAUGAUGGGUCGAAUGUCCAAGAUCAAAACCUUAAAGGAACUCAGAGGUGGUCCUCGUCUCUGGACAGCCUGCUGGAAGAUCCAGAUGGUGUUGAAGCAUUUAAGGAUUUCCUGAAGAGGGAGUACAGCGAGGAGAAUUUGCUCUUCUGGUUGGCGUGUGAAGAUUUUAAGAGAACGGAAGAACGGGAUCAGAUGCAGAAAAAGGCCCAACACAUCUUCAACACCUUUCUGUCCAGCAAAGCCUCAUCACAAGUCAAUGUGGAGGGUCAGUCCCGUAUCGGGGAGCAGAUCCUGAGAGAGCCUCACCCUCUGAUGUUUGAGAAACUGCAGGAGCAGAUCUUUAACCUCAUGAAAUAUGACAGCUACAGUCGUUUCCUGAAAUCUGAGAAAUUUCACACACUGCAGUCUUUGGAGGAGAGUGAGAUUUCCAGCUCCAGGCCAGGAGAGUCGGCACCGAAACGAGCAUCUAGAAUCUACAACACAUGACUUGGUGAACUGACAGACAUUCGCAGAGGACUCGCCGCUUCAUGUAGAACAGCAGGAGAGACACGUGCUCUGUGCACUCUAAAGGGGCAAAGCCUGUCGAUCAAUAGUGUUUUUCUAUAUUCAAGUGACAACGUCUCUCCCGUGUUUUCUAUUGCCAGAAAAAAUUGUCCUUCACAGAAAGACGCCAACCCGUGUGGAUCUGUUAAAUGUCCCCCACGAUGCCUCUAUUUGCGAUCAUUUCUCACCCAGUACCUGACCAGUCACAACUGCUUCUGAAAUGUCUUUGUUUUCCAAACACCUUCGGAUGGCCUUCUAAAAUGUGUUAAUCGUUUUGCUAGAACUGAGUGAAUCCU